AUUCUUAGCUUGAGAUUAUAAGUUGAGUCCACUUUUAACGGGAAAAUAACUAAAAUCGUAAUUUACGACAACGGCGGGUAAAUGGUGGGAAUUACUAUGACUCCCCUUUCAAGCUGGGUUCCUAAGCUAGUGUUUAUAUAAAGAGUUUCAGAGACGAAAUGUUCCGAUAUGCUUUGCUAUUUUCUUUUGCUCUUACCGUAACCUUGGAACCUGUUUUCAAAAUUAACGGAAACCAGACUUUAAAUGAAGAGAAGACAACUAAAGAAGUUUUCUUACAAAAUGAGGAAAGGGAAGAAAAACAAGAAGAAGAAGAGGAAAAAAUUAUAGAAAAUGAAAAUAAUAGAAGUUUUCACGAAGAAAUGUCAGCUAUCGCCAUGGAGAGAGUUGAAUGUGGCAAAUAUACAACAUGGUUUGUUAGAACAGUUGUAUUUUUACCUAUAGUUAGGUUUAAAAUCAGGGGAGGUAUUUUAAACCUGUUCCGAGAUCUAUCCGACCCAGCAGACUAUGGAAUUAGCAAUGGAAAAAAUUUUAGAAUUCCGACUGUUAAAGGUUCCCUUGGAGCCUGGUUUAUCUGGCCCCAAGGGUCCUCUGUGACUAGUUUAUCUGAGUUAAGACCACGUGACACUCUGAUUGUGUAUAUGCAUGGAAACUCUGAUUCCAGAGGGUUCGGAGACAGGAUACAGCUUUACAGUGUAUUAACCAAGAUGGGAUACUAUGUUCUUUCAUUCGACUACCGAGGUUUUGGGGAUUCUACAAAAGUUCAUCUCAGUGAAACUACCUUGGUAUCUGACAGCUUGAAUGUCCUAACCUGGGCAACUAAUUCUUUUAAAAAAUCAAGUGGGAAAGGUCCUUUGUUGGUUGUUUGGGGGCACUCACUUGGCACUUCGAUUGCUACAAUAACAACAAAUAAAUGGCAAGCACUUGAUAAGUAUCUUAUUAGCGGACUAGUUCUAGAAGCUGCUUUUAAUACUAUGGAAGAUGAGGCCCAGUAUUUAGGUGGGGCACUUGUGUCAUGGCUAAACCUGAAUGUGUCAGCUGAAUUGAAAUGCGCAGAUGCCGAGUUCCGUUCUGUCGAUUAUCUACUGAACAUCACUGCGCCUACGCUAGCUUUGCACGCGGAAGACGAUACAGUAGUUCCUGUACAUCUCGAACUUUUUAAGAGUGCUGUUGCUGGUGGGAAAACUAAUAUUAGGUUUAUCAAUUAUGACAAGAAAUACAAUCUCAAUCAUAAUCAUAUAUUCUCAGCGACAACAAUAGACCAAGAUCUCAAGGAAUUCUUUUAUCUCGUUGGAAACACUUCAAACGCUGAUAAUCUACCCACGAAUUAAUAAAAAUGUAUAUAUUUUUUUAAUAAACAUUCAUUAUACAGUCUA